UUGCGCUCGGCGUAGGCUGCGCUCGGGCUGGCGUACUACGAACUUUUAAGUUUAUUUUUUAAAUGUUAAUCAUCUUUGAUAUCUUGAACCUAAGAACUUUUUAGUUUCAUUGCCUAGAUUAAUUAUAAACUAUUAACAAUUGUGAUAAUAGCAGCGGUAAGCCUACCUACCUACAAAUAAGUAAAACGGGAUGCUGGCUGCUGCUAAAAAGUGCAUCUGAAAUUAUUGUGGACGUGCACCGUGCACGAUUUCGUCUCCCGAGCCUGACCAUCGCCACUUUCUCUCGUGGUGCGCUUUAACUCAACUCUGUGAACUGUUACUCAACACUUGUGAAAGGAGUUCUAAAAAUUCUGUACCUCUACGUGAUUCCGAUUCAGAUGGCUCGUAAAAUUGUAACGGUUUAGUCUCUUUGAUGGCUGCCGUGUUAACAUCGGUUUAACUUGUGUUCAAAGUUAGUGUGAUGUAUAUUGUGUCGUGAUGGUAGAACGUGAAGGAAUGCGGCGCGGGGGCUGCGGCUGGGGCGGCGGAUUCUUAGGACGCUGGUCCUUACGCCGAUUGCUUCUGGACAGCCCUUUAGUGGGCCGGAGGCUAGCGCAUUCAGUAUUGGACCAGGGUGAGCGGCCUGUGAGAAUUGGCACUGAACAAGCGCAGGCGAGGCCGGCAGUGCAAUAUAUCGCGGAAGACGAAGAGGGCGAGGUGCUGGACUGCCCGCUAUGCUUGUCCACGUUCAGCGCCGUCAGCAUGGUGCGGCUGGCGUGGUGCGCGCACCGCUGCUGCGAGCCGUGCCUGCGCCAGUACCUCGCCAUCGAGAUCUUCGAGGCGCGCGUGCCAGUGAACUGCCCCGUGUGCCACGAGAGCAUGCACCCCUCCGAUGUACGCCGGAUAGUGGACAACCCGACGUUGUACGACAAAUACGAGGAGUUCUCAGUGAGGCGCGCGCUCGCUGCCGACCCAGACACGAGGUGGUGUCCUGCGCCUGACUGCAGCUUCGCAGUAGUGGCGACCGGGUGCGCGUCGUGUCCGAAGCUAACUUGCCUGGCGCCCGGCUGCGGUGCGUCCUUUUGCUACCACUGUAAGGCGGCGUGGCACCCCACGCAGACGUGCGACGCGGCUCGCCGCAGCCGCCAGCCGCCGCCGCGUGCGCCGCAACCAUCCCACAACGACAUGGAGCACGGUGAGGUGAAGCCUUGCCCUCGUUGCUCCGUGCUCAUCGUGAAGGUCGAGGACGGCUCGUGCAACCACAUGGUGUGCUGCGUAUGCGGCGCGGAGUUUUGCUGGCUGUGCAUGAAAGAGGUGUCCGACCUACACUACCUCAGUCCAAGCGGCUGCACGUUCUGGGGUAAAAAGCCAUGGUCGCGGAAGAAGAAACUUCUCUGGCAGCUCGGCACGCUGGCCGGCGCGCCGCUGGGCAUCGCCGUGGUGGCCGGGGUGGCGCUGCCGGCGCUGCUGGUCGGCCUGCCGCUGUGGGCGGGGCGCCGCGCGCACCGGCGGCUGCGGCGCGCGCGCCCUGCGAGGCGCCGAGCGGCAGUGGCGGCCGCCGUUGCCGCUGCGUUGCUGGUGUCACCGCUGGUGGCCGGGCUGGCGGUGGGCAUCGGGGUGCCGAUCCUGCUGUUCUACGUGUACGGCGUGGUGCCGGUGUCGCUGUGCCGCGCGGGGGGUUGCGCCGCCGCGCCCUCGCCCUUCGACGACGACCGCGACCAGCCCGUCGACAACCCUCUGGACCUGGACGCGGCCUCCAGGCGACUGGAGCCCAGCAUCGGUGACGCGUCGCUCUCAGCGGGGUCCCAGCAAGCCGAGGUGCGGGCGCCGUCUCUCGCAGGCCUGGCGGGCUCCCUGGGCGGACACGAGGCCGCGUCCCCGGCAACCCACCGCCUCGAAGUCACCGCGGACGUAGCCGCCUCUGACACGGCCAGCGCUGCCAGCUGGCCUGACGACCUGCCCUCCACAUCAGCUUCGACCUCCAGAUCCGCCGCCAGACUACGGAGCUUAUUCCUCUACGGAUCAGCUCACCCUCCCUCGGAUCCUGAAGUUGGAGAGUGCCAACAGCCCCCUAUCUCUCUAAUCACACCCUCGCAACGCGUGGAACUGUCGGCGGCGUGCGAAACGCGCUCCGUCCGAUCUCCCUCCCCGGACGCCUCGUAACGAACGGGUGUAUGAACAGUGACCGAACAAGUGGUUCCGGCGUGGAUAGUGCGAUAAUCUCAGAGGAGUUGUGAACUUGAGUGUAAAGUGAACAAAGUGAACUUAAGUGAAAAGUGAUAUAUUAUAAACCCGAGUCAUGAUUGUCUUGAUUACUGACUGACCGCAAUGUUUUUGUUUUUUGUUGAUUUUAGAUAAAUAGCCAUAUAAACAAGCAAGAGGCGCUAAAGCAUAAAAUACUACACGGAUGCUGAAAUUGAGAUAUAUGCAUUUUUAUCAGACCAAAAGUAAUUUUACGCCUAUUUGAACGUUUGAAGGAUACUUUGUUACUAAAGGAUAAAACAUACAGCUCCCGGGGCGGAAGUCACGCAAAGCUCAGAGCAAUAGUGUAAAAAGAACUCCGAUUGUAUAAAAUUCCACUUCAAAGCACAUGCCUCCUCUGUCAUAGAGAGGGAUUUAGUACUCCACUCUGCUUUAAUGCAGAUUAUGAUGAAAUGAGUUUGGCGAAAGCUUAUAGAGAUUAUAAAAUUAAUAUUAGCUCGAAGCGUGUAUUAUUUGUAAGAAGUUGUUACUAUAAAAAUUACGCUAAUUAAACGGCUAAACAAAAGCUGCCGCCCCGGCGGCUGUCUGUUUUACCCUUAAGAUAUUAAAUAUCCACUGACAAGGAUAUAUGACGACGAUAGUAUUAAUUUCCUUUUUCAUACUCAUCUUAUAAUUUAAUCAAUAUUUUCAUUACUCUUUUUAGUAAAGACAAAAGACAUUGUUAAGUAAGGUAUUUUUUUUAAUUAUAAUUAAAACAUACCUUUAAAUACAAAAUAUAUGUUAAUUUUAUUUGUUUUUAUUUAUUUGGAUAGACGUUUUUUUUUUUGGUUAUAAUACUUUACAGUUUAACACUUGAAAGUAAUGGAAAUAUUGUUUAUGUUUUAAUUCAUAAGACAUGUUAGAAAAACUGACUAUACGCAUCUGUAUAAUCGGAUUCCUUCUGUACAGCCAUUAGUAGAAAGGGAAACAGGGUGAUCGAUAAAUAAUGUAAUGAUAAUGACAUGCAAUGAAUAUAUAGUGAGUCAACUUCAUGCUACGGUACUCAUUGAGCUUACCGUCGCGCAAGUAAAUCGAUGCCGACGCCUGCAGGCAUCCGCACCGCAGGCGUCGUGGGCAGGGUAGGAUCGCGCAUUGCAACCAUUCGUUGCACUGUCGGACGGCCGCGUGUUCUGUUCACUCACUGUAUACGCUUAACACAUAAAAUAAUAGUAUUUCUAGCAUUUAAAGUUUAAAAAAACUUAAUUUAUAAUUUUUAUAAUUUUUAAUAGUGUUGUAAUGUACCUACACUUGGGGGAAUUAUCAUUUUUAUAAGUUAAGUAGCUGAAUUAGAUAAAGCGCUCAGGCCGCGAUUGCCAGAGAGUCGCAGGUUCAAAUCCUGUCGGUUCCGUUAAAUUUUUAUAUGCAUUUUCAAUUUAUAAAACUUAAUUUAUAUUGUAUGGUUUUUUCAAAUAAUAUCAGAUAAACGCUAAAAUGUAUGUGAUCUUAGUUAACAUAAUUAACACUACAUAAUUGCAAAGUAUAUAUGCAGAUAGUAAAAAUUUGUAAACAAAUUUAUCACAACACCAUUAGUUGUCAUAUCCGACUCACUGAGAUAAAAGAGAAUAACAACCCGUUAUGUAUUAUCAAAUAGUUGCGUCAUGCACUAGCAUGUGUCUUAACCAUAUUUAAUAAAAAACAAUCUCCUUUUAAUAUAGCGGCAUUUAUUUUAGUCUAAAGUGAAUUGAGGUUAAGUAAAAAUGCAUUGUUUCCAUAUAAGCGUCAAAGUAUGAACCUAAUAUUCCUUGUUUUGAAGUUGUAUAUUCUGUAAUACUGAUUUUAUUAAACAAACGUGCUAUGUGUGCUGACUUGAGAAGUUUUAAAUCAUAAGCUUUAAGGCAAGGAAAAUAAGUUCGAAUUACUCUGUUUUUACAGCAAUUUCUUACUAUUGGCAACAAAACGAAUAUAUUUUUCUACUAAGUAUUCCUUGCAUAUAUGCAGUAAUGAAAGAGCAUAAAUAUAAUUAUAUCUAAAACUACCUGUGUUUCACUUGAGUGGCUAUCUUUUAAAUAAAUAUUUAUUAUCUAAUAAAAUUAGUAGUCUGAUAACCACAAACUCGCAGC